UCCCCGCCCGCGCGCAAAACACACUCGCCCCAGAGGCAGCGCGGCGGAGCCCGAGCCGCGGCCGGAGCGGAGCCGGGAGAACGGCGGUGGCGGCGGCGGCACCAUGACCCUGGGCAGCUGCUGCUGCGAGAUCAUGUCCUCCGAGAGCUCCCCGGCCGCUCUGUCCGAGGCCGACGCAGACAUAGACGUGGUGGGCGGCGGCAGCGGCAGCGGUGGGGGGGAGCUCCCUGCCCGCUCCGGGCCCCGCGCCCCCCGGGACGUGCUCCCCCACGGCCCCGAGCCUCCCCCGGAGGAAGCCGAGGCGGACGCAGCAGAGGACGAAGAGGAGUCCGGCGGCUGCUCGGACGGCGAGCCACGAGCCUUAGCGUCCCGGGGGGCGGCGGCCGCCGCAGCGGGAAGCCCCGGGCCAGGCGCGGCGGCGGCCCGGGGCGCGGCGGGGCCCGGGCCGGGACCGCCGUCGGGGGGCGCGGCGACGCGGAGCCCGCUGGUGAAGCCGCCCUAUUCGUACAUCGCGCUCAUCACCAUGGCCAUCCUGCAGAGCCCCAAGAAGCGCCUGACGCUGAGCGAGAUCUGCGAGUUCAUCAGCGGCCGCUUCCCCUACUAUCGGGAGAAGUUCCCCGCUUGGCAGAACAGCAUCCGCCACAACCUCUCGCUCAACGACUGCUUCGUCAAGAUUCCCCGCGAGCCGGGCAACCCGGGCAAAGGCAACUACUGGACGCUGGACCCAGAGUCGGCCGACAUGUUCGACAACGGCAGCUUCCUGCGGCGCCGCAAACGCUUCAAGCGGCAGCCGCUACCGCCGCCGCAUCCACACACGCACCCUCAUCCGGAGCUGCUGUUGCGUGGCGGGGCUGCGGCGGCGGGGGAUCCCGGCGCCUUCCUGCCGGGCUUUGCCGCUUACGGCGCCUACGGCUACGGCUACGGCUUGGCGCUCCCGGCCUACGGCGCACCCCCGCCGGGCCCGGCCCCGCACCCGCACCCACACCCGCACGCCUUCGCUUUCGCCGCCGCCGCCGCCGCCGCCGCGCCCUGUCAGCUGUCGGUACCCCCGGGCCGCGCCGCUGCUCCUCCACCCGGACCUCCGACGGCCUCGGUGUUCGCGGGCGCAGCCUCGGCUCCGGCCCCUGCGCCUGCCCCGGGCACAGGGUCGGGCCCUGGCCCCGCAGGCCUGCCCGCCUUCCUUGGCGCGGAGCUGGGCUGUGCCAAAGCCUUCUACCCUGCGUCGCUGAGCCCUCCCGCAGCCGGCACCGCGGCCGGUCUGUCCACCGCCCUCCUGCGCCAGGGUCUCAAGACGGACGCGGGUGGUGGUGCGGGCGGCGGGGGCGCCGCGGCCGGCCAGAGGCCUUCCUUCUCUAUAGACCACAUCAUGGGCCACGGUGGCGGCGGGGCAGCACCCCCGGGCGGAGGCGAGGGCUCCCCGGGAUCGCCAUUCGCGGCGGCGGCGGGUCCUGGGGGUCAAGCCCAGGUCUUGGCCAUGCUGACUGCCCCAGCCCUAGCUCCCGUGGCCGGCCACAUCCGCCUCUCGCAUCCCGGGGACGCGCUCCUGUCCUCAGGGCCCCCGUUUGCCAGCAAAGUCGCCGGCCUCAGUGGCUGCCACUUCUGACCACGUCGAGCUCAGGGCCAGUUAGGCCCGCACUCCUCAGCCUCUCCCGGGAGCUCCUGCGGUCCCAGCGGAACUCAGGGAGUCUAUUUAUGAAGAGUCUCCAGACCUUGAGUCGGCGCGCGUGACUUGGCA